AUGAGUAAAGUAAUUCAUGAGAUUUCUAACACAAAGAAGGAUAUAAAAUUAAAUGCCGCGAAGAUAAGAACUGCUUGCUCAACCUUAAUGACUACGGAAAUGCAAGAAAUAUUACAAGGGCUAGGAAAAUUAUCAAACCAGGUUAAAGAAACAACGAAAUCUGACCAUCAAACAAACUCUAAGCAGCAAAUUAAAAGGAACGCAGAAACAGGAACACAGACAGAACCUUGGCAUGAAACUAACCAGUUUCUACUGGAGACCCUAGACAAAGGCGAUACUUAUAACUCAUGGAAGCAAGAACAUGGAAAAGACUGGAAAGAGGACCUAUUUAAGAAUAUAGAUCUCAAAGUUGGAAAUUCCUUUGAAACAGAAGAGCAAAUGGUAAAGGUUGUGUUGGUCGAACCAAAUGAUCCGGAAACGAAUAGGAGCUUCCAGAGAACGUUUAGGGAUAAAUACCCUGACUUAACACAAACCUAUGAGCCUUUCGAAGUUCUCGAACAGACCACUAGGCUGAGAACAAAAGCAGAAAAUAAACAAAAUUAUUUAAAUAGUAACUGGCGGCCAAGAGGAAGAAUUGUGGCACAUAUUAAGAUAACUAAAAAACGAAGUUAA